AUGUUGCAGGAACGAAUAGCGAAAGGUAAGGAGACACGUGGCAAAGGUGAUUAUCCGACUAUGGACGAUGUACUGAGUGAUUGGGAUUCUGAAAGAGAUGGUAAAAAGAAAAAUGAGGAUGAUGAUCAGAAAUCAAGAGCCAAUACAAAUCUCGAAGAUGUUGACGACAUGAGAAAGAAUGAAGAAAAAAAACCAGCAGAAAAUGGUGAUGCGGAAGAAAAGAAAAAAGAGGAUAAAGGUGGUGAAGUUUGCUGCUUCUAG